AUGAGGUGGGCGAUCUCGAAGUUGCAGUUGCAGGGAACGGCCCCUCGCCCUCUUGGUAAAAAUGAUUCCUGCCCUCUCGUCGCGCACGAACCUGAAGCAAACGAACUUAUAGAGCAGAUAAACUUGGCACUCACCAGCGAGGCACAUCGUGUGGUCUCAGUGUGCGGGAUUGCUGGUGUUGGGAAAUCAUUUCUUGUAAAAACCCUCUUCAACGACCCUCAGAGUCCAGCAUGGAAGUUCAUGAUGAACGGUUGGGUCAAUGCACCCCAUCCGUUCGAUAUCGUGGACAUGUGUAUGAGUAUUUACGGCUUCACAUCCGAUGGCAGAAUUGAACACUACCCACCAGCCGAAGGCGAAGAUAUCGUUCUAUCGUGGUGGGAUCUACUGGAACUACGGCAGUGGCUUCUUGUUAUUGACGACUUAGGGUCCAUGGAAAAUUGGGACGUGAUAAAAGCUAACUUGAUCUCAAGGGCUACCAAGAGCUGUAUCAUUGUUAUUACAAGGGAUGAAAGUGUUGCCAGACAUUGUGCAACAUCAGAUGAUGCAGUGUGCAUCCUCAAAGGUCUAGAAGCUGAUAAGGCCCAUUGUCUCUUCGAGGAGGUAAUUAAAGACCUUCGCCAAAAAAAUAAGGCAACUAAAGAUGCUGGAACCUCCAAUCCGGAUCCUAAUAUGAUGGAGGAUGCAAGCUUUAUCAUAAAUAAGUGUGGAAAACUUCCCAAAUUAAUAGUUGCAUUAGCCAACUGCUUCGACAAAGCACCAAACAUCUUACAGGAGAUGCGCCUGAAUGCAAACUUCAUGUAUGAGUUGAAGACCAACAAAGGGCUUGACAGCUUUCGGGACGUAUUCACCACGAUCUAUUCAAGCUAUCAAACCUGUCCCCACCGCCUCAAGAAAUGCAUAUUCUAUCUGUCACUUUUUACUCAAAGCACCAUAAUUCGGCGGAGUCGUUUGGUGAGGAGGUGGAUUGCAGAGAGCUAUUGUGAGGGCCUUGACAGCAACAGCAAGGUGGAGUACACGGAGAAGCUCUUGGACAACAUUGCCACCCUGGGCAUCAUAGAUAAGCCGCCACAGACAUCAUCUUCCGUUGCCGGUUGCAUGAGAGGGACUGCAUGCCAUGUCAACUCUUUGUUCCUUGACUACAUCAUCUCACAGGAAACGAAAGAGAACAUUUUCCUUCCACUGGAAGUAACUGUACUGCAGGGACAGUGCAGUCUGAACAUACAACGUGCAGGACAGCACUUGGCCAUUGGGAGCAGCUGGAAGGGAGACAAGUUUGUGCUCGACAGCUUGGACUUCUCACGGCUACGGUCUUUGACGGUUGUUAGAGAGUGGAGGUCAUUCUUCAUAUCUCACAGGAUGAGAGUGCUUCGUGUGCUCGAUCUGGAGGAGACAAACGUCAAUGAUAAUGACGUGGAAAAAAUGUUGGUGCAUCUACUUUGCCUCAAGUUCCUCUCUCUUAGAAGAUGCACAAAGCUCCAGACUCUGGAUAUCAGACACACCUGUAUUGACAAGGUUCCAGUUGGCAUCAGCAAGCUGCUGCAGCUGCAGUAUAUUCGUGCUGGCACCAGUGUAGCGCUGAUGGAUGAGGAGCCAUCAACAACAAGGAGGAGUAGGAGAAACAUCAAGGGGUUCCUUUCUGCUAUUGAGGGGCACGUCCAUUUGGAAUCGCUGUCACUGCAGCUCCACAUGGACGAGGAUUUGGAGUGGUUGGAUAAAUUCACCACCCCAAGGAAUCUACAGCGACUUAAGAUGAAGGUACAUGUAGAGAAGUUCCAACACUGGAGCUGCCUAAAGGUCCUUGGUCAGAUAAGAAGGUUACAAGUCCUAUGCCUUCAUUUAAAAGCAGACCAAGAUGUUGAACUCCAAUUUUGUGAUACACUAGAUGGUGCGGCGUGGUCUACACCCAACCAAUUCUGUGAACUCAAAGUCCUAGAGAUUGCUUGCAGCUCCAACUUACAAGUGAAGUUUGCCGACAGAGAUAUGAAAUUGCUUGAGCAGCUCAAGGUUCGUUCGUUGGAUGGGUCGUCAUUGAAUUUUUCUGGGCUAAAGCACACGUCUUCACUCAAGCAUGUUUGGCUCAAGGGAUCAUUUGACGACACACUGAUGCAAGAAUUGCUGCAGAAAAUUGCCCAGCAUCCGAACAGACCUACUCUGAAGAUGGACGAACCGCGUUCAAGUUGA